GCGUUAAUCUUUGUCCGGGCACGCUUCGGAGAUAUUGCAGGCUGGGGUCCACCGCAGUAAAGCAAAUCCUGCGAUCAAGCAUCAGUGUUCUUCUGAUCCAAGGCCUCAUUUACCCACCAUGGAAACGGAACAAGAGAAAGUCAGCGUGAGCAAGGCGCCUGGCACAGACUCGGCCUCUUACCGCUGCUCCGCAUGCCAUGGGGACGAGGCCUGGGGGCCCGGCCAUCCCACCCGGGGACGGGCCAAGUCCCGCAGCCUGUCUGCCUCGCCCGCCCUGGCGAGCACCAAAGAGUUCAGGAGGACACGCUCUCUCCACGGGCCGUGCCCGGUGACCACGUUUGGACCAAAGGCCUGCGUACUGCAGAACCCCCAGACCAUCAUGCACAUCCAGGACCCUGCCAGCCAGCGGUUGACGUGGAACAAGUCCCCAAAGAGUGUUCUUGUCAUCAAGAAGAUCCGGGACGCCAGCCUGCUGCAGCCCUUCAAGGAGCUCUGUGUGUACCUGAUGGAGGAGAACAACAUGAUUGUGUAUGUGGAGAAGAAAGUUCUAGAAGACCCUGCCAUAGUGAGCGAUGACAACUUUGGACCAGUGAAGAAGAAAUUCUGCACCUUCAGAGAAGAUUAUGAUGACAUUUCCAAUCAGAUCGAUUUCAUCAUAUGCCUGGGAGGGGAUGGGACCCUGCUUUAUGCCUCCUCCCUCUUCCAGGGCAGCGUGCCUCCGGUCAUGGCGUUCCAUCUGGGUUCCCUGGGCUUCCUGACCCCCUUCAACUUUGAGAACUUUCAGUCCCAAGUUACUCAGGUGAUACAGGGCAACGCGGCUGUCAUUCUUCGGAGCCGGCUGAAGGUCAGGGUCGUGAAGGAACUCAGAGGGAAGAAGACGGCCUUCCCCAACGGGGUCAGCGAGAACGGAGUGCUGGCCGCGGAGGCUGGGAAGCAGGCCAUGCAGUACCAGGUCCUGAACGAGGUGGUGAUCGACAGAGGCCCCUCCUCAUACCUGUCCAAUGUGGAUGUCUACCUGGACGGGCAUCUCAUCACCACGGUACAGGGUGACGGGGUGAUCGUCUCCACCCCGACGGGCAGCACGGCGUAUGCGGCCGCCGCCGGGGCCUCCAUGAUCCACCCCAACGUGCCGGCCAUCAUGAUCACGCCCAUCUGCCCCCACUCGCUGUCAUUCCGGCCCAUCGUGGUCCCCGCGGGGGUCGAGCUGAAGAUCAUGCUGUCACCAGAAGCCAGGAACACUGCGUGGGUGUCCUUCGAUGGACGGAAGAGACAGGAGAUCCGCCACGGAGACAGCAUCAGCAUCACUACCUCUUGCUACCCACUUCCCUCCAUCUGCGUCCGAGACCCCGUGAGCGACUGGUUUGAGAGCCUGGCGCAGUGUCUGCACUGGAACGUGCGGAAGAAGCAGGCGUACUUCGAGGAGGAGGAGGAGGAGGAAGAGGAGGAGGAGGACGAGGACGAGGGGGAGGAGGGGGAGGAGGGCUAGGCCUGAGCUCCUGCUGUCCACACCCGGGACCCCAGAGUCCCAAAGCUGUUCUGCUGCCUCCUUCCCCUCGCCCUCCGGGAGCGGGCUGGCCUGAGCACGUGUGCUGUGCGCCCCGCGCGCGGGCGUCACGGGUCCCGGCGCUUUGGUCUGUAGCCAGAGGAAGAGCCGCUUUGGUCUGCCUUUCGUCGACCAGAUCAGCUGUUUUUAACAUUUUAAAUCUGACUUCUUUUUUGCAUUUCUAAACAAGAAAAGUGAGUGACGGCGAGGGACUCUGAAGCAGACACCAUGCUUACCCAUGUUGUGGGUCAGAGCCUGGGUCCUGGGGCAGGGACACCCAGCUGGACGUGCUUUUUGUAAUUUCUUGUCAGGAAACUUGUGCUUAAAUCAGUCUGUUGAAAUUCAGAGGGGAUCAGAGCGGAUUGAUCUGUCUUUCCAUGUCGAAAAUAAAUGUCUCGUAGCCAAAAAUCUCACUUUAAGCUA